GACAGCAUUCUCUCUGCAAACAGCUGCAUGUAUCAUUAUCAGGUAUAAAAGAAUACAUGAUCCUAAGGGACAGAAGCAAAUACGUCCCUGUGGUUUAUGGAGGAAGCAUUGUUUUGAGCCCUCUGGAUCUGAGUCCUUUGCAUUUGGAUAUUAAAAUAAGUGGGAUUACUCUUCCCAGAAGAGAUUACUACUUUUCCAGAAGUUUCCAGAUGUGGGAAUACAGUUAGCCUCUGGUGUUGUAGUAAAUGUGUGCUUCUUUGUUUUACUCCCCAAACAUAUUGUUCAUACUCGACUUUGUUAACUGCUGGUAUCAGGUUGUUAGAGAGGGUGUGUGGUCAAACAGAACCUGACUCAUUGUUCCUGGGAGCUAUAAAAAGGAUUCAGUGGCAGUUAAAAGCCAGCAGAGCACUUUUUUUUCUAAGAACGCUUUACCUUGAUCGGACAUGUCCAAGAGUGUGUAUGUCUCUAAGGCUGCAGCUGUGGCCACUGUGACAGUGGCAGCUUUGGCUCUUGUCACAGUCAUUGGAUUGGUCAUUUUCCAUCUCAUCCGAAGCCAAGAAUGCUCUCAUCUAUUGUUGCCAACAGUUCUGACCACCACUUUGGCCCCAAAUGGACAAGCACCUGAUAUGAGGCUGCCGGGAAACCUGAUUCCAGAGAGCUAUGAGAUUUAUCUGCGGACGCACCUGUACACCACGUUGGACAACCUCAACGAGCAGAACUACAACUUUUCAGGAAACUCUACAGUGAAGUUCAAGUGUGUGACUGCUACCAAUACCAUCUACAUUCACAGCAAAGAUCUAAAUCUAGUCGUUUUAGGUGUGAUUGAGGAAAAUAGGAAAAACAUGCCAGUUAACCAGGUCCGCCUGUUGGAAGACAACAGGGAAUUUGCUGAAAUAGAGCUUGCUGACACUUUAAAAGUUGGCAGAAUUUACUACCUCAUCACUGAAUUCAUGGGAGAGUGUAAAGGAUCUAAAGGAAUUUUCCUCAAUCAUUACAAGGAAAAGGGAAAUAAUGAAAGUUUUACAAUAGCAUUCAUUGCAGCUAGUAAAAUGGAGCCCAUGGACGCAAGAAGAGUGUUUCCCUGUUUUGAUGAGCCAGCCAUGAAAGCUGUGUUUAACAUCACUAUAAUCCACAGGAAAGGUUCUGUAGCUUUAAGCAACAUGCCACAGAAAGACCAAGUUGAAAUGGAAAUUGAUGGAGAACAAUGGUUAGUCUCCGAGUUUGUUCCUACUGUGAAGAUGUCAACUUACCUCCUAGCCUUCACAGUGUCCUGCAUGAAAUCCAAAGAGACCAAAAAUGAGAGGACCAUGCUAAGGACAUGGGCAAGGCCUGAAGCCAUAGCUGCUGGGCAUGUGGAUUAUGCUCACAGUAUCACCAGAAACAUUCUGGACUUUCUUGAAGAGUAUAGUGGCAUAGAAUAUCCUUUGAGAAAACUUGAUCAGUUAGCCGUGCCUGAAGUAUCUGGUGACAUUAUGGGCAUGGAGAACUGGGGUCUGAUCAUCUACGCCGAGAACACUUUCCUGUAUGACGCAGGCCACUCCGCCACACCAGAUAAAGAGAUGACUGCCAUUAUUAUAGCUCAUGAACUGGCCCAUCAGUGGUUUGGAAACCUGGUUACAAUGAGAUGGUGGAGUGACCUGUGGUUGAAGGAGGGGUUUGCAACAUACAUGUCAUACCUUGCUGUGGACAAAGUGGAGCCCACUUGGAAUAUUAAAGAUCUUAUUAUCGCUCGGGAAAUCCAGAAGGCGAUGUCUAUAGAUUCAGAGGACUUCUAUCAUUUCCUCAGUGACAAUGAUCUACAAACUCCUGAUGACAUCCUGAGUCUGUAUGACAUUAUCACCUACAGCAAGGGGGCAGCAGUAUUGAGAAUGCUGGCCAAUACUUUGACAGAGAGUGUCUUUAAAGAGGGUGUCCAGUCAUUUCUAAAGGCUUAUCAGUACAAUAGCGCUGAAACACAAGACCUUUGGAGUCACUUACAGAGGGUAGUGGACAAGAACAGUCUUGACAUACCUGUUGCAGAAGUCAUGGACACCUGGACAGAGCAAUCAGGCUACCCUCUGAUAACCAUCAACACCGAAUCUGGAGAAGUGUCACAGGAACAUUUCAACAUGGAUAGAGGACAGCAGAUUUGGCAGAUACCAAUAAAAGUGAUGAAAUCAGGCUCAGGAGAGAUUGAAUCUCAUUUGCUGACUGUGGAUGGACCAGUGUCGAAGCCAGUGUAUCAGUGUGAGGAAAAUGAGUGGAUUAUUGCCAAUGUUAACUGCACUGGAUAUUACAGAGUUAACUACGACCCUGAGAACUGGGAAAAACUUCUUCAACAGCUGGAAACAGAUCACCGGAAAAUACCCACCCUCAGCAGAGCUCAGCUAAUUGAUGAUGCAUUUAAUCUUGCAAGAUUUGAAUAUGUCAAUAUCACCCUGGCUUUAAACACCACCAAGUAUCUGUUGAAUGACACAGAGUUUAUGACGUGGGAAUCUGCCAGAGAAAACCUGUUUCAUUUAAUCCUCAUGUUUGACCGUUCUGAGAUCUGUGGUGCCAUGAAGGCAUAUUUAAGGAAGCUAGUAGGUCCACUUUAUGACCAUUUUGAAAACUUCACAAUGAAUGCAUCCAUCCCAGACAGUCACACUGCCCAGCUUAACCAGAUUAAUGCAGUCACACUUGCUUGUGCCAUUGAACUUCCUAAGUGCAAAAAGAUGGCAACUGAUCUAUUCAACCGGUUGAGGAAGGACCCAACCACAAAUCUGAUACACCCCAACCUGAGGCUCAUGGUGUACUGCAGUGCCAUAGCUUCAGGGGGGGAACUGGAGUGGGACUUUGCCUGGGAGAUGAUGAAAACCUCCCCCAGUGAUCAAGAAAGAAAAAGGCUGGCGGAAGCCCUGGCUUGCACCAAGCAUGUCUGGAUCCUCAACAGGUACCUGGAAUAUACUCUGAACCAAAAUAUAAUCAAGCCAGAGGACUUCAUUUUCACUGUUGACGUUAUCGCCAACAACGUGGUGGGGCAGUCCCUUGUUUGGGACUUUGUCGUAUCCCAGUGGCCCAACAUCAUCAAAAGGUUUGGGAACAAGUUUUCACUUUAUCCCUUAAUUCAUGGAAUAACACAGAGAGUUCCUUCGAGAUACGAAGAACAAAAGUUAAGGAAGCUAGAAGAAAUCUACAACGAAAUGUCCCUUUACCACUCUGGUGACAAUAUUUUUGAGACCGUCAUAAAGAAGAGCCUGAUUAACAUCCAGUGGGUGGAGAAACACAAGCAAACUGUUUUCCAGUGGUUUCAAGGGGAGAUUUUGCAAGGAAACAACGAAGUCUGACACUAAAUCCUAGUUUCAUUCUAAGCAAGACUGAUUCAUAAAACUUCUGGAUAAACUUUUCCUUUUUCAUUUUUUGUAUGCUUACUGCUCAGUGUUAGCAGCUGUGUGUAGGAGUAGCUAGUGUACAUGUUGUCCUGGCUCCACUAAGCUCAUAUUUUAUAAGUUUAUCAACAUUAUUUGUAUGUUGUGUGCAGCCAACACUAACAUACCACAUUGACUCUUUUUUAUUUUUGUGAUCAUGGGAUAAGCUGGAAGGUAGGAAUUUUUGGAAUGACAGUACUGUAUACCUGUUCCCUUUUUGAUGCAUAUGAUCAAAGUUUUUAUCAAA